AACUAAGUUAACAUGGAGUCGGUGUACACUCAAGGUAUUUGGCUGGCAGAAACUCUCCAGCAGCGGACAAAGAGUCUGGAAAACAUCUGGAUUGUCAUCACUCACAUGGGCGAUCCUAAAGCAGCGUUUCUGCUCGUCUUUCCCUUCACCUAUUUUAUCAGCAGACGAGUUGGUGUUGCGGUGCUCUGGGUGGCAGCUAUUUCAGAGUGGUUAAACCUGGUGUUUAAAUGGAUGCUGUUUGGAGAACGGCCGUUCUGGUGGAUCGGUGAAUCCCGUUUAUUUGUCAGUGCGCAGCCCAAGCUUCACCAGUUUCCAUCUACAUGUGAAACCGGCCCAGGGAGUCCAUCAGGACACGCGAUGGUGACAGCAGCCGUCUGGUGGGUGGUGGUGUCCUCGCUGAGGUCAUUUCUGUACUCUCGGACUCGCAGUUUGCUGAUAUCAGCUGCUCCCUGCCUGCUUUAUGGGCUGGUUCUGGUUGCAGUUGGACUAUCCAGGAUCUUCAUCCUCGCCCACUUUCCUCAUCAGGUUGUUGCUGGGUGCAUUACAGGGUUUAUUUUAGGGAUUGUUCUGAGCCGAAGAGUACCCGAAGGACGCCCCCUGCAGUUCUUCUUCAGCCUCAGCCUCGGCCUGUUGCUCAGCGCGCUGGUGCUCCAUGUGGGGCUGCAGCAACUUGGAAUCAACCUCUCAUGGUCCAUUGUUUUAGCUAAGAAGUGGUGCAGCCAUCCAGAGUGGGUCCGUUUGGACACGGCACCGUUCUCCUCCCUGACCCGGGACUGCGGGGCCCUCCUUGGUCUGGGUCUGGCCCAGUACUGGAAGCCCGGCGGCUGGCCCUUGCCGUGGGCCCCCAGAGCUCUGUGCUUGGCGAUCUCGUCCAUGGGGCUGCAGCACUUGAACGGUCUGCCGCUGCCCGGCGAGCCUCAGGGCCUCUUCUACGGCUCCUUCUUCAUCAAGUUCGUCCUCGUGCCUCUGAUCGUCAUGGUUCUGGUUCCGGGCUCGGUCCACUUUUUCACACGCAAAAAGAAAAAAGACUAGACAAAAAUGUU